UAGUUUCGGUAUCGGUUUUAGUUUCGGUUUCGGUUGACGCUGUCGCCGCUGCGCGCAGCAUUCAAAUUGGAUUUUAAUAUACGGCCGAGCGUUCACGCGAGCGGAUUCACUUUUCGUUUGCGUUUUCAUAAGCCGCUCAGCCAUCCACAGUCCACAAUCAACAGUCAACAAUCAACAAUCAACAGUCAACAAUUCGAUAUUCGCGACAUUUGCUUUUGGCCAUUGCACGCGUUCGCGAUUGCGUAUACGUCGCGUUGUCCCCCGCCUGACCGCCUCUCCGUUUGUCGACGUUGGCGUCGCUCUCGUUAAAGCAUCGCAUUGUUUGGACCUGGACUCGGCCAAUCGCUGAUGUACCCUCACCCAAACAGCGGCGCAUUGUGGGUGGCCGGCACAUUGCUCGCCCUUGCCCUGCGCAUCACAGCCGGCAGCGCUGAGCUUCAGCCGCAGCCGUCUCGGUCGGCGCAGCUGGCUUGCGAUAUACCCAACGAAACAAAGCGUGGCAUUUGUGUACAGGUGAGCCAGUGCGCCGCCUAUUUACAGGUGCGCAAUGUGACGAAUUUGAGCUCGGAGCGCGUCAACUUUCUGAAGAAGGUGCAAUGCGAAAUGGAGACAACUGUAAAUGCAACUGCAAUGACAACAGCAAAUGCAACGGAAACGGCAAAUGUAACAGCAACUGCUGCUGACCUUACGCUGGAGGAUGCUUCGUAUAAUCCUCUCGUAUGCUGCCCAGCCAAUGGACAGGACUAUCUCUAUCCGGUUAUACAAUUCACCAAGUUUGAGUAUCGUCGCUUUCUGGAUGUCACCGCGCGCUUCAAGCGGAAGAAGCUGAAGAGACGCAUUCAAACCGUGGAGCCCAGCACGGGCUUCAAUCUGCUCAACGAGUGUGGCAAGCAGGUCACGAAUCGCAUCUAUGGCGGGGAAAUUGCUGAACUAGACGAAUACCCAUGGCUGGCAUUGCUCGUCUAUCAUUCAAAUGACUAUGGUUGCAGUGGAGCUCUGAUUGACGAUCGACAUGUUUUGACAGCUGCCCAUUGUGUUCAGGGCGAGGGUGUGCGGGAACGUCGCGGCUUGAAACAUGUGCGUUUGGGGGAGUUUAAUGUCAAGACGGAGCCUGAUUGCAUUGAGGAGCCCAAUUACUUGAGCUGCGCGGAUGCGGCACUGGAUAUUGCAUAUGAGCAUAUCCAUGUGCAUCCGGAGUACAAGGAGUACUCGAGUCACAAGUACAAUGACAUUGCCAUAAUCCGGCUGAAGCAUCCGGUUAGCUUCACGCACUUCAUCAUGCCCAUCUGCCUGCCCGACAAGACAGUUCAGACACCGCUGACCGAAGGGCAAAUGUUCUCCGUCUCCGGCUGGGGACGCACCGAUCUCUUCAACAAGUACUUCAUAAAUACGCACAGCCCAAUCAAACUGAAGCUGCGUAUACCCUAUGUGUCCAGCGAAAACUGCAGCAAGAUGCUGGAUCUCUAUGGUGUGCGACUGGGUCCUAAGCAACUCUGCGCCGGCGGCGAGAAGGCCAAAGACACCUGUGCCGGUGACAGCGGAGGUCCGCUCAUGUUCUUCGAUCGUCAACACUCCCGGUGGGUGGCUUACGGCAUUGUAAGCUACGGAUUCACACAAUGCGGUUCCGGACCGGGCGUAUAUACAUCGGUGCUGAGCUACAUCAACUGGAUCGAGAGCAUAAUCAAGAAAUAGAGAAGGAGUGGAAGAGAGAGUAUAGAUGGGAAGAAAGAGCUUUCGUCUAGAGGGA